CCGCCGCCGCCAGCUAUGAUUUCGCCGACUACUUCGUGGAUGUGGCCGGCUCCCGCGUGUCAAUAUAAAGCCCACCUGGUGUACCGUUUUUGGCCGUUUAGCGAACGUGUGUCCGAAUCGUGUAGUUCAGUUCUCUCUUGGUGCAGUGUUCUCAAAGAGAAGGAAUAAUGAAGGGAUUCCUGUCGGUGUUGACCGUGGUUGGUGUGGCGUCCGUUGUCAGUGGAUUUCCGGAUGGUGCCCCGGCGGAUACCUGCGUGAAGACUCGGUUCAACCAGCCGAAUCACGGCGCCGCCCGGAGUCAGGACUUGAGUACCAGUCCGUUCCGGGUGGUGGCCAGUGGGAACACCUUUUCCCCUGGGAGUCAGAUCCAGGUGGACGUUGCCGGUCAGGAUGUGUUCCGUGGGUUCUUCCUGCAGGCUCGGGAUGCCCAGACCAACGAAUGGAUCGGCCAGUGGGUGGAGUCACCGAACACCAAGACCAUCCCGGAGUGUUCGGCCAUUACGCACGCCGACAACAAGGACAAGGAGCGGGCCACUUUCAUCUGGACGGCGCCCAAGGACCGCCAGGGACAGGUUUUCUUCAGUGCAACUCUGGUGAAGAACUACGGCACCUUCUGGGCGAACCAGAUCGCCGAGGUCCCAACGGCAGCGGUAAGGCAUCUUGGAUAAAUGGGGAAAGUGAGCAACCAUCGGGCCUCAUUUGAGCCGAAUGAGAUGAAUGUCUCUAUGGUUGAGAGAGAUCGUUGAAAAGGCAAGAAGAUGCUGUUAUGUGUUUUGUAAAUAAAUUCGUACCAUAAAUAAAA